AUGCAAAUUCGAGCUCAAACCAUCCUGCCAUUGCUUUCAUCAAUUCCUCCACCAACCCCCAGAACCUGGCUGCCCAUUCCGAAAUCUCCUUGCCUAGCUUCUGGCGAGACUUCAACUUCCAAAUGGACCAGCUACUUUGCAGCUGUUUGA